CCCGUCACUCUGCUUCUCCGUUGUCUUGCCCGUCACUCUUUGGUUUCACUUCGACGUCCUCCUGGAGAUCUUUCGCAGAUUCAGGAAUUUACUGUACAGUAAACCCAACAGUAUGAAGUUGAAAGAGCCCUCUCUCCCCCAAGACUGCUAUGUCUUCAAACAAGAAACCCACCUCACUGUCCUCAAGACCUCCCUCUUCUUCGUCGGCGACGGCUUCACCGUCUACAACUCCCACGGCCAACUCGUCUUCCGUGUCGACUCCUACGGCCCCCAACCCCGCCUCCAAGAUCAAGUCGUCCUCAUGGAUCCCCGUGGCGGCUGCCUCCUCACCGUCCGCCGCAAGAGGCCGAGUUUGCAUCAACGGUGGGAGGGUUUUAGAGGGGAGAGGAUGGACGGGGACAAGCCGAUCUUCAGCGUGAAGAGAUCGUCGAUGAUCGGACGGUCGAAGACGACGGUGACGGUGGAGGUGUACGACGGAUCCGGGGAGGAGUACCAGAUCGAAGGGUGCUUCUCGCAGCGGAGCUGCAAGAUCUACAACGCCAAGAGGAAACUGGUGGCGGAGAUUCGACGGAAGGUGGAUCCCACCACAAGGGUGAUGCUGGGCAAAGAAGUGUUCUCGCUCUGCGUCAAGCCUGGAUUCGAUGGGGCCUUCGCCAUGGGACUCGUCCUGGUUCUUGAUCAGAUGAACGGUGACAGUUACAUUGAUAACGGAGCACCAGAGCGUGUGGUGCACCCUUCCGCAGAAGAUUAAGUACUCAGUCGCCCCUCUUACCCUGUUAAUUUGACACUAAUCUCUGGAUUUUGAGGAGUCCCUCUAGUUUUGACAUGGAAGCUCUUCAUGGUCACACCAUACCCGGCUUUUGUAAUAAACAAAUCAAAGCCAUAUUGUAUAUUUUACAGAGA